GGGGGUGGUCCCCUGGGUGGCUUGUGGGGGUGCCUGUUGCUGCUUCAGGCAGGGGAGGGACUUGUUGAGGGGGACAGGCAGGAAUGUCACUGUUAAAUGAUGCCCUUAGCAGCCAGUGGGCCUGGGAUGCCAGGCACCUCAGGUAACUGUCCAGCAUGAUGAACUGAAGUGCAGUGGUCCUGGCCUGCUAGCUGGCUGUGAUGGCCCUGAGGGGAGUGUGGCUAAUCAGCUACGAACAAGGGGCCUGUGGAGCCGUGCUGUUCUCCAGGCAUUACCCCACUGUUGAAAAACGAGCAAAAGCCUUCAAUGGAGCAAGCUAUGUGACCGUACCAGAGGACAGUGUUUUUCUUAAAGCAUUGCUUUUUGAACUGAAGCUGACAGAUCCAGACAAGAACUUUGUGGAAUAUCGAGAUAACUGUUCUCGAAUCAACAAGACUUCAGUGUAUGCGCUUCCAACAGGAGGAGGGGACCUCUGGCCUGUCCUUGCCUUUCAGAAGAGUGGUUUGAUAUAUGUUUGUCUUCCCCUAGUUGAGCAAUCCUUGAAGCCACGCCCACCCCUUAUUAGCAUUAGCGGAAUCUCACAAGCCUUCGCUCUCUUGUCAGGAUUGCUGGUCUUCAUUAACUCCAGUCAGAAGAAUGAAGCUGAGAUGAGUGCAAAAGUGGGCCAACUUCCAAGUUUGCUCAUGCAGGCCUGUCCACUUGGCACCCCAUUAGAUACAGACUUGAAUGGCUUAUUAGAUAACAGUCAUGUUUCUACAAACCACAUGCAGAAACAACCAGUUUGGAGAAUUAGCACAUACAAAGGCAAACCUCAGGUUAAUGUUUGCAUCACUGAAAAAGUCAAGUCCAUGCAAUAUGACAAAAGGGAUGUUGCAGAUAUGUGGCAGGUUUAUGGAACUGUGACUUGUAAGUGUGAUUUGGAAGGAGCUACAUCAAAUGUGACUGUCAGCUUGAACCUCCCUGCCAAUGGCUCUCCACUCCAGGAUAUCCUGGUGCAUCCCUGUGUGACUUCUCUUGACUCUGCAAUUCUUACUUCCUGUAGCGUUGAUGUCAUGGAUGAUUCUGCAUUUAGCGGGCCAUACAAACUUCCUUUCACUCCUCCUCCUGACUUAUUCAAUUUGUGCUACUAUACAUCCCAGGUGCCUGUACCACCAAUUUUGGGAUUUUACCAGCUGAAGGAAGAAGAAUUGCAAUUAAAAUUAACAGUUAAUUUAAAACUUCAUGAAAGUGUAAAAAAUGCUUUUGAGUACUGUGAAGCUCGUAUACCUUUCUUUAACAGGGGUCCAGUCGCUCAUUUGGAGUACAAAGUUAGUUAUGGCCAGCUAGAUGUAUCUCGAGAGAAAAGCUUAUUGGUUUGGGUCAUAGGACAAAAGUUUCCCAAAUCGUUAGAAAUUUCUCUUACUGGAACUGUGACUUUUGGUUCUAUGAGCAAAGAGCAACCAGUUGAUCCAAUUUGCAGUGGGAGCACUGCGUAUGUAAAACUUUAUUUUAGGAUCCCAGACUACACGCUUACUGGAUGUUAUGCAGACCAGCAUUCUGUUCAGGUCUUUUCAUCAGGAAAACCAAAAAUAAGUACAUCCCGGGAAUUGAUUUCCUCAGAUUAUUACAUCUGGAAUUCCAAAGCCCCAGCACCUGUAGUGUACAGAACAUUAUUUUUCUAAUUUCCCUGUGAAGAAUUUUUGUAUUUGAACAAAAAAGACUGCUAUCAAACGUGAUGUUAAUAUAUUGUAAAGUGGGGGGAGAGCAGUAUUUUUAAUGAAUAUGUUUGUAUUUAAGUUCCUGUUUGGGGGGAAAACAUAUCAGUUUAUUUCAAUUAAAUUAAAAUUUAUCUUGUUUGCUUUAAAUUUUUAGUCCUAGAUACUAUUUGAAAGAAUACACUUUAAAAUCUGAUUCCACCCCUCCAUUGCUACCCCACACAUCUCUUCCUGCUAUUAUUAACUUUUACAAAAUAAAGAUCCAAUGCUGCAAGCUGGUAUGGAUGAGCCCUGUUCGUAUGCAGAAUGCCACUGACUUCAGUGUGUUUCUGCGUAGGCACCAGUGUCCAUUAACACACACAAACUUACAGGCCCACAUAAAGUGCCUGAUCUUACUCCUAUAAUGAAGUCAGUUGGAGUCAGAUUGGCCCCUAAGUUAAUAGGGCAGUCCAAUAGCAAAGAAUCCUUUUUAUCUUUGUCUUCAUACAGCUGCUCUUCCCAAUUGGUUUUGUGUGUGGUUCUGUAUGAAGUACAUAUGAACACUUUAGCUCAUUUAUAUUUUAGUAAUGGCAAAUGAAUUGUAUCGUGCUUUUAAAGUUGUGAACAAUAACCACAUAAUUACAUUGAUAGCAAUAAUCUGGCAAUCUACCUUUAGAUAGCAUUGUUAUAGGAGACAGUAGCAAAGAUGAUACAGAGAUGCAAAUACAGUUUAAAAAAUAAAUGGCAGAAUAUUAACCAAAAAUAACUAACAAAAUUAUCCAAGUUUGUUAACAUGCUGAGAAGCAUCACUAACCCAUUUUCGUUGGAAAACUGGGCUUAAAGGAAAGGGAGCGUGAGUUUACAGAGGCAAACCACCAAUUUUGAGAAGAAAAUUGGUAUCUGCAGGAACACAGGAAAUAAACUUUAAGAGAGAUAUCAGAAAAUGAGCAAAUUGUGAAAGGCUGGUGGAAAAAAAUGGGAACCUGGAGAGCAACACAAAAGAAGAGAAGAAUGCUGCCUCUAAUAACUGAGCACUGUGGCUGCUGCUACAGCACCUCUUGUUUAACUGUACGCUGUGUGAUAAAUAAGAUUAGUGAUUAUAUAAGGGGGAAAGUUUUAAGCUAUAAUUUAAAUAUGCUUAGAUUGAGAUAGUAAUCUAAUUGGUUGGUUAAACGUUCUAAAGAGUAGAUUAAUUUAUGUGAACCGUGCAGCUCAGCUGAAACUGCUAUGCAAACUUCUAAGGGACACCUACAGUAUGGUGGAAUUAAAAUGACCCAUUUUACAAAGAUGCUGAAUUCAUUUUUACUACUGGACAAAGAGUGCGUUCAUAAAUUUCCUAGAGUUUUGACCCCACCCCUGCCCCCCAAAGACGCUGUCAUACAUACAGACCAACACUGUGCUCAGAUUAGGCUAGAGAAUUUUUUUUUUUUUAAAGUUGGGGCAUGGUGUGACCCCCACCACCCUAUGUACAAGAAAGCUACAGAAGGGCCAUGAAUCUGAAUUUCUACUUGUGGGGAUUGCUUUGCCCCAUCCCAGUAGAGGGAAAGGGGAUUUGUUCACCCUUCAUAGCAGGCAUUGCCUUUGUAAUUCACAGAUGUCCAAGAAUCUCCAGGACAAUCCUGUGUAUCUUGGAGCAUCAACAGGGGCUGAGGAAUUCAUUGUGUGAUAGGAGGAGCUCCAUGAAAGCAGGGCUGCUUCACAAGCUACGCUCGUUUUGGUUUGCCUCCUGUCCAUGCUUCCAAAUCUCCCUUAGUGAGGAGGACUUCAGUAUGCAAGAAGGGAAAGUGAUUGGCAGAAUUAAUUUACAUGCGGAUGUCAGUGAAGGUUUGGAGGGGGAUGAUAGUGCAGGUGGUGUCUCUCCUCAGGCCAUGACCAGCCUCUCUCACCUCACUGGAAACCAUGGACAUCCUAUGGCAGAAAAAUCCUUCAUAGUCAGACGAUGAGGGAAAUGCUACUACUUCUCAGUCCCCUUCUGACAAAAUGUGGCUCGUUGGCCUUCAAUGGGACAUUUUGAGAGCAUGAUUUGGCCCAUAUGUUGGAAAGCAGCUAUGAACUAGUCAGCCUGAAAGACAAAUGGAGGUAGACCAAGCAUGUCUGAGCUAAACAGCUUUGUUUAAUAGCCACAAGACCCCUCUCUGAUGUGGUGAUUGUGAGAUAGCCACAGCAUGAACAAUGGGAAACAGUGUUGUUGGUUUUUUACUGCUAAUUAUAACCACCACAAUCCCUCAUGAUACCUAAUGGAAAUGCUAUCUGAAAAUGUCAUGCCCACAGCUGAGAUUACUAUACAGGAGAAGUUAGAGAAAAAAUUCUCUCUUUUCUCAAUUUGUUUACUUUGUGUAUUUCAUGGUAUGUUGUGUCUAGCCAGGUUCGCUAUUUCCCUAUCAGUUUUCCUCAUUUGUGUGGGUCUUUCACACACAAUAACGGUGAGAAAACCUUUUUUUUAUAUCAGGAAAAUGUGAUUGCGAACCCACAAAAUUUUUAGGGGGACUCCAGGGUAGGUGUUCCUUCAACUACUACUAACUUGUUCUGAUGUUAAUUAGACAUCAAAUUGAUGUCCCUUUAGUUGCUUAAUAAUGUACCAAGCCUCUUUUUCAAGCUAAGGUCAUCCAUUUAAUAAUUACUUCAAAUAAUUAUUCAAUAUUUUCUCUACCAAAGGGCAGUUUUAAGAAUAUUUUUUUAUACACCGUGCUCUUUCUCAGAGGAAGGGCCCUGACUCUUGUAAUUCCAUAUUUGCACCUCUCACAGAUACAGCUGCUAAAGCUAGACAUUUUUAAAUCAGCACGUCCAGAUAAUUUACAUCCAAGAGUUUAAAAGAGCUGGCCAAGGAGCUUUCAGACUAUUCAUGUUUAUUUUCAAUAAGUCUUAGAACACAGGGUAAGUUCCAAAGGAGAGGAAGAAAGCUAAUGUGCCGAUAUUUUAAAAAAAGCAAAUGAGACAAUGUGGGUAAUUAUAGGCCUAUCAGCCUGACAUCCAUGUGGGGCAAAAUAAUGGAAUUUACAUAAUCUGUUUUGAUUACAUACCUUUAUUAAACAAGCUUAAGUGUUUUUGUAAUAAACUUUGUACUGCACAUUUUGAUGAUGAAACUAGACCAAUAGUAAGUCAAAACGGCACACAUUAAAUGAACUAAAAACUG